AGGUGCGUCAAAGCUUUUUCCUCCCAUCACAGAAUGGUAGCGCGUACACGUUCGAAAGGAACAAGUAGUUCAUCAGUAAAGGGCACCAAGCCCUUGAUUGUUGUCAAAAGUGAACCUUCUGAAGAGGGCCCUAGCAGCAGCCAAGCAGAACCUGCCACAUAUGUUCCAGCUCCUGGUGAAGUUGUCUGUGGUUACGAUGAAGAACCAGAAGUGGAAGAGGAGACUCAAGACGAAGUUGUUGAUGUAGUGAAUGUGACGACUGAGGAGCAACCUACUAGAGAUAUUAUCGAUCCAAGUCCUAUAGAAAGGAGACUUCGUGAAAAGCGAAACUUCAAUGAGGGUGAUUGGACAAGCGAGGAGCUGAAAGCGCUUUACGAGGGAAUCACUACGUACGGUACGAGGCAAGACGCUUUGGAAGUGAUACAGAUGAAUUAUUGCCCCAAGAAGACUGUAGGUCAGGUGAUGGCCAAAGUCGAAGAAAUCCGGGAAAUGAUUGCUGAAAACAGGGAGGAUCGUCGUACUAUGCAGACGGAACAGUGGAAUAGGUUAGGUUACCGAAAUGUGUCUGCUAUACCGCAGUAUGUGAUGAUGCCGCCAGUCGAAAACUGGGAAGCUGCUAUACAACGUGUUAAUCGUCAAAUUCGAUCACAUACUGACUAUCCAUUACGUUCUGCAAUCCAGAAUGCUUUGAACAACAAACCACGGGAUGCUGCAGAACCCAAAGUCUAUAAGGUAACCGACUCUCGUGUGGGACGCGGCUAUGGUAAAGAGCAGGCAGUAAGCUGGCAACGUCUUGGCGCGUUCUUUGCUGGCGUAGUCGAGCAUGCGCGUCCGCUUCCACCUUUAAAUCCUCUAGAAUGUGCAAUCGCACUACGCAUUGUUGACGAUAUCGAAGACGAAGUCAGUCGCACACUGACAGAUGAACACAAAGCGAUCAUACGUGGGUGGCUGGCAAAUAUACAAAUGCGCAAUCUACGCGAUUUUGCGCCAGAUACACCAUAUUCAACGACGAGUGCAGCUACGGUUUUGCUUGAUCCACUACGCAGUCGUCUUUGGAACAUACCUCCUGAAGCUUCACAACUUCCGGAAGUCGCUGAAGAGGAGCAUAUAGAGUCACUACUUGAUUAGUGCUGAAAUGAAAUGUUCCCCUCUCAUUGUUUUCCGAAGAUCUCUCGGCGUUGCGUGAAUAAGCACUAACGAUUUUUUUAAUGUUGAUAUCGUUCAUUUCACGGGCUAAGUGUAGAUAUUUCUAUUUGUUGUCUGUUGUGGCUAUUUUGUAUGCGGCCAGCUGUUGUUUUGCAGAGGAUUAAAUAAACGUCUAAAUGUUGC